CAAGUGCUCAAUAAACUAACAUGAUAACUGUGUUUACUAUAUACUAAACUAUCCAGUAGUGCGAACAGAAACUUUUUCUGGGAUCGUAUGGUUUUUAGUGCAUCACAACUAUCGAGUGUUAACAGACUGAGCCGGAACGAAGGUGUAUGUGCAAAGCACUCUGAUAACAGUCACCAUAUAGGCAAACAGUUACCUCAAGCGAUUUUUUUAAUGUCGGAGAAAAAAAAUGUCAUACCUAACCCAGGCGCACCUAUCGCACUCGAUCAGUUGGGACUAAAAACGGCAAUUAUACAGGUGCAAAGCGCAUUGUUCAGUUCAGCAGUGUAGCUUGUGAGGUACCGAGAAAGUUGAGUGUUGGUGAUUGGUGGGAGAAGUUUCUGGUUUCUAUCGAAUUUAUUCUACUUCGAUAGCGACGACACUGAGGAUUUGAAAGUAGCUCUUCUAUCAAAAAAGGCAGCAGGUAUCAUUGCAGCUGGUUGACCAUAUUUCCGAGAAUACGCUUUAUAUCAACCAAGAUUACAGAGGAACUUCAAAUAACGGUCAGCCAUCAUUGAAUGACAUUGCUGCCAGUCAAGCCGUCGUCAUCAAAAAGCAAACAUCGUCACCGGCCUUGCCCUAUUAAAGGGAGGUUAAUUUGGCACACCUGGAUAUUUUUGCAUUCAGAACAGAAAGCUUAAUUUUUAACAAGAAUGGCACCUAAAGUAGAAAAUAAUAAGUUAAGUCAAAAUAUUACUCCAAAAAUCUGUUCAAAUGAACAAACGAAUGCGACUGAAAUAUCGGUGUACUGCCAGAAUUUCAACCGCAUGAAAAGUCCAGCAAAAAUUAAGGAAAUUCGUCAAAAUCUAUUAGCAUCCGCCUUCAAAGUAAUUCUUGGCACUGAAAUCAACUGGGAUGAAACCGUUAACAACAAAAAUAUGUUUGAAAAUAAUUUCAGAGUAUUCCGGAACGAUCAUAACCUACAAACAUCUUCAAAAACGUCCGGAGGUGGAGUCCUCAUAGCCAUUAUUACAAAGUUUAAGUCGGAAGAAAUGAAAACAGCCAAGCACAAAGAUUUCGAACAUGUGUGCGCAGAAGCACAUAUUGCGGGAGAAACACACAUUUUCGCUUCUGUGUACUUCCGAGAUGGUCGCAAAGAAUAUUUCGAAUUUUUUUACGAAAAAGUAAUCAAAACUAUUAUGUCAAGUAUGAAACCAGAAGAAAAGCUACACAUUUAUGGCGACUUUAAUCAACGAACCGCUGACUUCAUUCCGGACAUUGACAACGAAUCCCUAUUACUCCCAGUCGCAGGAGCGGGUACAGCAUUACCAUAUCUUUUUGACACAACUUCACGUCUUGGCCUAUAUCAAAUAAACCAUGUGAAAAAUGAACAAAAUGUACAUCUGGACCUCUUAUUUACGAGUUGUAUGGAAAACUUCUGUGUGCACAAAUCAUUAUCACCUUUAUGGAAAAAUGAAGUAUUCCACACAGCAAUAGAAUAUUCAAUUUUCAUUCAUAAAAGUGCUUCUCCCUACGACUGGGAAUACGAAGAAUUACCGGAAUUUGAUGAAACCAACUAUGAAAAAGCUAAAAGUAGACUUCUAACGGAGAAUUUGCAGAGUAUAAUAAAUAUGGAAGGAAACAUCGACGAAGAGGUAGUUAAAUUUAAUAAAAUUAUGCAUAGUGUAAUUGCAAAAACAGUACCAUUGAAAAAAAGAAGUAGAACACAGUACAGUAAACUAUCAGUGUGUUCUAACCACUGUGUUUGUACACACAAACUCUACAAAAAUCAAAAAACUAGCACCAAUUUGGAAAAUUACCUAGAUAUAUGUAGCCAACUCAACCUUUCCGUCAAAACCGCGCAGGAAGAAUAUCGUAAAGUCGAAAAUGACGUCAAGUCAUGCCCUAAACAUUUUUUCAACUACGUAAAUACGAAACUGAAAAGUACCAACUUCCCGUUGAAAAUGCAUUUUGAUGGAAAUGUCGGCGAAAACCCAACUGAAAUUUGUAAUCUUUUUGCGAAAUUCUUCUGGGAAGUUUAUAGUACAUUCUCCGAAAAAGACCGCGACCGUGACUUUUUUGAUUCAUCCCGGAAAUCUCCAACAAUGUAUCUGUCAAUCAACUUUCCCAACACGAAGUCUUAAAAGCACUGAACAGUUUAGACGCAUCGAAAGAACCAGGACCUGGCGGAAUUGCUCCCGUAUUUUGAAGAAUCUUUCUGAAGAACUCGCAGUUCCUUUAGAACACCUUUUCAAUUUAUCUUUGAAAAAUGGAAAAUUCCCCGAAACAUGGAAACAUUCUUAUUUGGUGCCUAUUUUUAAAUCAGGUGCGAAAUCUGACAUUCGUAACUAUCGUGGAACUGCCAUUAUUUCGUGCAUUCCAAAACUUUUUGAAUCACUUGUAAAAGACAAAAUUUUUCAGCAGAUAAAAAACUAUAUCACUAACAAACAGCAUGGCUUUUUUGAAGGUCGCUCAACAACCUCGAAUCUUUUGGAGUUUGUAACUUUUAUUCUUAACGCGAUGGAUAACGGUAGGCACGUACAAGCUCUUUACGCUGGUUUCAGUGAAGCAUUUGACCGAAUCGACAUACCAUUAUUACUCUUCAAGCUGAAAAAAAUUGGAUUGACGUCUCAACUCUUGUGUUGGUUCCAGUCUUAUUUGACGAAUCGCAAGCAAAUAGUUCAUUUUCAAAAUAAACUAUCAAAACCCAUUACAGUUACCUCUGGAGUGCCUCAGGGUUCGCAUUUGGGUUCACUUCUUUUCAUUUUGUAUGUAAAUGACAUUUCUUUCAUACUUAAAAAAAUAAAAAUACUAAUGUACGCAGACGACAUGAAACUUUUCAUGGAAAUCAACAAUUCUAGCGAUGAAAAAGAAUUCCAGAAAGAAGUCAGUUUAUUCUACACUUGGUGCAAUAAAAGUCUACUCCAACUCAAUGUAAAAAAAUGUAGCACAAUAGCAUUUAUCCGCAAAAAAGUAACAGCACACAUUGUAACAUCGCUAGGAAACCAAACUGUACAAACAUGCGAGAUUGUUAGAGAUUUAGGAGUGAUCCUAGACACUAAGCUUACUUUUACAGCACAUUAUAACUUUAUCAUUAGUAAAGCAUACAGCAUGUUGGGCUUUAUUGAACGGUUCAGUCAGCACUCCGAAGACUCGUACACUAUCAUACUAAUUUAUAUUACAUAUGUAAGACCUAUUGUGGAAUAUUGUAGUCUUAUAUGGAAUCCUUAUACUGCCGUAACCGAAGAGCGCGUAGAAUCUGUCCAAAAACAAUUCCUUUUGUACGCGCUUCGCAACUUGAAAAGGAAUGAAGCACGUUGCAUGCUCACCAAUUUGCAAACACUCAAGCAACGCCGCGAGUUGGCGAUGCUAUCCUUCGUCAAUGAUAUUAUUUCAAAACGCAUAGACUCAGCGGUAUUACUAUCACAACUCAACAUCUAUACACCAUCACGGAAGCUUAGAAGAAGAAAACUUUUUUCGGAGAAACCAUGCAAAACAAAUUAUGCACAAAAUGGCCCCAUCAAUCGCAUGAUACGCCAGUAUAAUCUUCAUUGCGAAACCAUUGACAUAACAUUGUUGGAACAAAUCAAAAACUGUCUAGAAGAGGCUAGAAAUAAUGUUUAGCAUGUAAGCCAAACACUGUAAGUAGAACUGUAGUAAAAUGCUGUUUGUAAUCUACACGUCUACAAGUCUUAGACGGGAUCCGAGAAUGUGAAUAGAAGAACUGUUUAGAAGGACUGAUUUAGAGGUUUACGCGCAACCGACGUAGGAACGUAAUGUAUCUCUUCAUAUACUUGAGUGUAUAAUAAAACAAAGUUGUUUGAAUUGUAUUUUUAAGAAGAAAAGAUUAGAGAGGGUUUUUAUGCCCGUUUAAGGAGAAGCAGUCGGGAUACGAACACAACUCAAGCUGGCUUUUCCCUACUCCAAAAGACAUUCGUCCCAGUUUUUUUUUUUUAUUCUAAUUAAAUGUAAUAAGAUAAAGGCCCAAUCGCAGAGAGCAUAACGGGGCCGAAAUAAUUAUUGGAGUAGGGAAAAGCCUGCUUGAGUAAAAUUAAUAAAUAUUUCUCCUCAAACAGGCAUAAAAACCCUCUCAUCUUUUUAUAUACAAUAAUACAAUUAUGAAUAAGUUACAAAUCAUAAAACACAAUCUUGAUAAGUAUGGUUCCUGCAGCUUCGAGAGCCAAAUAUAUUUUCGGGAACGUCUUAUUCCUGGUUAAGCGCGUAAAUAGAAUCUGAAAUGAAAACAAAAGUGUACUAAAUAGGAACAUCAAUUGAUUUAAGGAAGGAAUAUAGAAGACGCAUAUAUGGGAAAUCUAAAAUUGCUAAGACAUCACGAACAGGAUUCGUCCCAGUUAUGCUUAGCAGUUGGACCU